AUGGAACGAGCUUUAGAACAAGCUUUGGAGGGUGUGGAGUGUGCCACUGGCAGUGCCCAGCAGACACCUCCUCAAACGGAACAGUCUCCUGAGGGAAAAUCUCUUUAUGAGAAACUUUACAACGUUUACGUUGAACGAGGUGGACAAGAGCCUGGGGUUACAGAGGAAUUAAGAGACAUUGUGAAUUUGUUGGAGAAGCUGGUUAGGAAAGAGUUGCUGGCGUGUUUACUAGUCAGCGUAUACCCAGGAAAGGGGGGAUAUUCUGUGAUACUCAAGGGGGAAAAGGGCUCGUCAUAUUUGGAGACCAUUAACCUGCCUUAUGAGGUAGGGGAAUUACUCGAUUAUUUACAUGGAGAAGAAUUGCCUCCCAUUUUGGAAGAUAUUCUGGAAGAUUCUCAGAUUAACAUUUUUUACUGGGGCUGUGUGGUAACAGAAAUACAGGACUACAGAUUUCCCAGUUUCCUUGCGCUUACUCGUUACCAAAGCAGGUAUGUUCUCUUACACGCAACGAUGAAGACUUUCGCCUGUGACCAACCGUCCAAAACCAGUGAGAACCAGAAAUGGACCCAGCAAGACAAAGUUGUACGUGAGAGCCAACUGCUUUUAACUACCGCUGAACCACUGUGCCUAGGUCUUCCUAUAUCAGGAGCAGAGGUGACCACAGGGCCAAUGAAAAGGGGCAUCAAGAGGUGUUGUAGCCCCUCUCUGAGUGGGCAGGAGGAGCUGUCUCUUUUUCCAUCAUUUCCUGAGCUAAAACCAUUACCUUUGUGCCACAAAACCAAUGAAAGUGAAGCAGGUGAGCACAAUGACCUAAUUUCUAAUACAGGAAAUUGUGUAGAUAUGUGGCAACAGAAACCCUGUGACUUGAACGUAACUUCUGAAGCGGAUGUUGAGAAAUAUGCUGAAGAAUUGGAGAAGUUUUUAGAAAAUGAUGACCCGUACCUAGCAACCUGGCCAAUCUUUGACAAAGACUUUUAUUCUGCAUUUGACUGGGAAUCAGGCAAUCUGUCCAAGACAACAGAGCUGGACUCGGUUAAGCCACUUGAUGAUCCAGUUAGCUCUGGAAAAGAAAGUUCAGGUAAAGAAGUCAGAGGUGAGACACAGCUGCCUUUCCUCCAGAACUUCAAAAAUGAGCACUCAGUGUUCAGUGAGUCCAAGGAAUUGGUCCAGAAGAACCUUGGCAGUUGUCCAUGCCAGAUGUGCCACAGCUCCAGUGGCUCAGCCAGCCUCAGCCAACCUUCCCCAGGGAGAGACAUAGAACAACCUGAGACCGUGGUGGCUCAGGCUUCAGUCCUGGGGGAGGAAGUCACACAGCCACCUCCAGGCAUCAUGCUUUCCUCCAGCUCCAGCCAGAGCUCCUCGCAUAACAGUCUUCUUCCACAGCAGGCCAGCAGCUCUCUUCAGCCUCCUGCUCCUGCUCCUGCUCGUGCCCAGGAAAGCUCUGUGGAAGUGAAUAAAGGUACCUACCUUCUUGCCACCACCCUGCCCAGCACCAGCUCAUCACAGAAUGUCCCUGCCACCCAGGCCAUCGCCAACUGUGUCAGUCGGAACAUCAUUAGAGAAGGUGGCCAUGUUGGUGGAGACCAGGCUGUGCUGAGUGGUCCCAGAUCCACGCAGGGCUCCAGCUGUCCGGCCUGGGCUCCUGCAGAAGUCAAGCCUGACAUCCCACCCUCAGAAGCUUGUCCACAAAAUGCAGCACCCAGUGCACCGCAGCCUCCUUCUCAGGUAGCUGCUGAGUACCGCCUAAUAAAUGAUCCAGGUCUCAAGCAGGUAAUUCUGUUGAGGCCAUAUAGUAUGCCUCUGAACACCCAGCAGCAGCAGCUCUAUCAGCUGGUUCUACAGCAGCAGUUGCAGCAACCCAGAGCUCCUGCUCCCCAGCAGCCAGUGCCACCGAGUUCCAACGCUCCGGGUCCCGGGCAGCCAGCCCCACUGAGUGCCAGCGCACAACCCUCAACCACUCAGGCAACGGCCUCCACCACUUUGCUAACUACAGUCAUGGAUCCCCAUGGAAGGGGAGGCUCUCUGCAUCCCCAGGAGAUGCUGCUGCUUCCGGCUGACCCCCACCAGCAGGGGCCCCAGCAGCAGAACCCCCAGCGGCAGGUGCUGUGGAGAAUCUUGCAGCACUCCAUGUCUGGGACCACAGUAGGUACCGAGACAUCUGGGCCACCACAGGGCCUGGAGGAAGACAGCCAGCUUAAAGGAAAUUUAUUCUGGCGGUAGCAAAAGAGAUGAGCCACGACUCAACAGGGGAGUUUUAAUCCAUUAGCCCAGCCGCCCUGAUGCGCCACCGAUCCUGUUAAGGGAAGAUUUCAUCCAACUUCAAGCAGACCUGUCAGCUAGGCCAUCUGAGUGACGCUGAGCCCAUUGCAGCUUUGUGAAGCCGGCACUUUGAAGAUGUGAACCAGCACAGUAACCGGUUGCAAAGAAGAGUUUCCACUCGGCCUUGACAACCAAGCAGACACCUGAACUCAGAAUCUCACCAGACUUGAUGUACUGUCUCCGUUUUGCCCUUUCUGUGGUCCUUUCCAGGACUGCAUGGAGACAGAGGCUCAGCUUGUGCUUGAGUAAUGCGGUGCUCCCUUCCCAGGCACGCAAAUCCAUUCAGCUCUGUUCAGAGUGCCAUGUGGCGGUCUUGUUUAUUUCCUCCUAAUGAUCCCCAGCAAGGCUGGUAAUUUGAUGCAGGCUCACUUUUGAGGAUAUUAACUGGUUAUGUUUGUGAAUAAAUUUUUCAUUCAUGUUUGAUUGCUGAGAACCUUGAGGCUCUUCCUUGUACCAGGUCAAAUCCGUACUUGGUCAGAAAUUAGUUCUGUGCAGGGUGUGCCUUUACACUUCAAGGCUGAUCAUCGAUAUGACAUUGCUAUGCAAAGGCAGGGCCUUGUAAUAUUCCAGCAGGGAGCAGAGAGAGUGGUGCAGAAGAUGAACACUCAAAAAAAUCCAGUACAGCAGGACAUGUCUGGCAGAACUGG